AUGAGUGGAACAGGGGCGCCCGGGUGGAGGGCUGCUAGAGGGAGCCGGGCUGGGAAAGCGGCCGACGCUCGCUGCGGGAGGGUGGAGACAGACGCACAUCGGAAAGUCGGGAGCUUGAUCCACCCACCCGAGAACCUGAUGCUCCCCGCCCCUUGCCCCUCGGCCCCGGGAGAGGGAGCUUGGCUCAGAGCUAGUAGACAUCACCCCUCCUUACCAAGCCCAUCUGUUUGUUUGUUUAUUUUUUUCUUCCUUCUCCUCCCUUCUUUGCUCUGCCUCCCGCUCCCUCGGCCCCUCCGACCUGCCUUCUCUCCAGCCCCGCAAAGGCAUUUCCCCCUCCUCUGCCUUCAGAUCUCGUCCUUCGCCAACAGCAGCUGGACGCGUACGGACGGCCUGGCGUGGCUGGGCGACCUGCAGGCCUACACUUGGCGCAAUGACUCGGACACCAUCUGCUUCCUGAAGCCCUGGUCCCAGGGCACAUUCAGCGACCAGCAGUGGAAGCAGCUGCAACAGACAUUUCAGGUUUAUCGCAGAAGCUUCACCAGGGACAUACGGGAAUUCGUCAAAAUGCUGCACGUCGACUAUCCCUUUGAGAUCCAGGUGUCUGCUGGAUGUGAGGUGCUCCCGGGGAACACCUCAGAAAGCUUCAUCCGUGCAGCAUUUCAAGGAAGAGAUGUCCUGAGUUUCCAGGGAACGUCUUGGGUGUCAGCUCCAGAUGCCCCACCUUGGGGCCAGAUGGCCUGCAGGGUGCUCAACGAGGACCAAGGGACCAGGGAAACAGUGCAGUGGCUCUUCCACGACAUCUGCCCCCGACUUGUCAGAGGCAUCCUGGAGACAGGGAAGUCUGAGCUGGAGAAGCAAGUGAAGCCUGAGGCCUGGCUGUCCAGUGGGCCCAGUCCUGGGCCUGGCCGUCUGCUGCUGGUGUGCCACGUCUCAGGAUUCUACCCGAAACCCGUGUGGGUGAUGUGGAUGAGGGGCGAGCAGGAGAAGCCUGGCACUCGGCAAGGUGAUGUUGUGCCCAAUGCUGACGGGACUUGGUAUCUCCGAGUAACCCUGGAUGUGACGGCUGGGGAGGCAGCUGGCCUCAGUUGCCGAGUGAAGCACAGCAGUCUAGGAGACCAGGACAUCAUCCUCUACUGGGACCAGAGCCACGCCUCUGUGGGCUUGAUUGCCAUGGCCAUACUGCUGUCCCUCCUUCUGAUUGGUGGAGGCUUCGCGUUCUGGUUUAAGAAGCGCUGCCUCUAUCAAGACAUCCUGUGACUGUCCUCACCACACCUGUCUGUCUGGAC